AUGGCCCUUCUUCUCACUUCUCUCCUAGCCGGACUGGUUUCGGCUAUUCCCCACCCAUCAUCGUCUGCAGUCGCAACACCUUCUGCAAGUUUAGCACCGGCAGCACACUGCACGGCCCGUCCAAAUGGCCAAUUGCCCUCCCAGACUCCCGUCGAUUUCCACUUCAGCGGUAAUGUCCGGACAUACUACAUCGCCGCCGAAGAAACCGAAUGGGAUUAUGCUCCCUCGGGCUGGGACAACUGGCUCGGCGUGCCCAUCAAGGCCUCCAUCCGCGCCAAAAUCGCCGACUAUCUGAGCACCCCGCUCAUCACCAAAUGGAAGAAGGCUGUCUACCGCGGCUACACCGAUGCGUCCUUCUCGGAGAAGACCGUCCAGCCGCCGUGGCAGGGUAUCCAGGGUCCGACGAUCCGCGCGGAAGUCGGCGAUAUGGUGGAGAUCUUGUUCCUGAAUAAUCUUGCGACGCACUACGCCUCGAUGCACUCGAUGGGCCUCGCCUACUCGAAGGAAAACGAAGGCUCGAUCUACGAACUCACCAACGAAACCUACACAGGCGACGGCGUCCCACCGGGCGCCUGCGUUCUGUACAAAUGGGUCGUCCCCGAAAGCGCAGCCCCCAAUGACAAUGAACCCGCCACCAUGCACGCAUACCACAGCUACGUUAGCAUGCAGGAGGACAUGAACGCUGGCCUUAUCGGACCGCAGAUGACAUACCAGCGCGGCAAGAUGAACGAGACUAGGAGGCGGUACCGGGAGUUUCCUGUUCUGUUGGAAGGAACUGACGAGUCAGUUUCAUUCUUUGCCGCGGAGAAUGCGAAACGCGCCGGACAGAAUGUUACUGUGGACUAUGAGAAGCACUUUUCGGAGUUGCGGCAGUAUGGAAAUGAGUCGACUUGGAAGCCGCAGAUGACGAAUUUGUUGUCGUCGACGCAGUAUGAUGAUGCGCCGACGUUUUACUCGCUUAAUGGGAUGAUUCUGAACAAUCUGCCUACGUUUGAGAUGUGCCUCAAUGACGAGGUCAUCUGGUAUGUCUAUGGCCAGGGAGAAGACCCCCACAGCUUCCACAUGCACGGCAACGGCUUCGUUUACAACGGCAACAGGAUGAGCGCAAUCAGCGCCAUUCCCGGCACCAUGUCCACAUUGUACAUGAACGCCACUGCCCCCGGAACGUGGCAGGUCAUCUGCCACAGCAAUGAGCACCAGUCCAAGGGUAUGGUGGCUUACUAUUCCAUCAAGGAUAGCGAGUGCCCUCCCUUCACUCUGUAG